GCCGCCAUGAGCGCUCCCGGCCCCGAUCCCGAUCCUGCUGCCCCCGAUCCCGCCGCUCCCGAUCCCGCCGCCGGCUCCAGCUUCGGCCCGCUGCUCCAAACCCUGGAGGAUCCCUCCGCGCCGCCGGGAGAGCUGACGGACGCGCACCUCACCAUCGUCAGUCGCUUCACUGGUGGAGGAGGCAAAUCAUUCAUUGCAGAUGUCAGGAAACACUUCCCUCAGCUCUGCAAGGUGUUCAAGGCACACAUUUCCAGUCCAAACUUGGAGCUCAGUAAUGCAGCAUUGCAGGCCUUGGGAUUCUGCACUUUUAAUUCAAAUAACACAGCUGAAUUAUCUGCCACUGAAAGCCAGGAGCUGCUGGCAGCCGUGAACAGCGUGGCUGUGAAAUCCUCGGACAAAAACACUCGCACUCGGGCACUUUGGGUCAUCUCCAAGCAGGCUUUUCCUCCAGAGAUUGUUCAAAAAGAGGUGUCCAACAUUCUCUCCACCCUGGAAGCAAUCCUGACCAAAGGAGAAGUUCAGUCUGUUGUGGUGGAAUAUGAAGCACUUAAUGUCAUUAUACGCUUAGUGGAACAAACUCCAGCCCAGAUGGGAGAAGAGGCUGUGAGGUGGGCAAAGCUGAUCCUCCCUCUGGUUGUCCACUCUGCUCACAAAGUGCAGCUGAGAGGUGCCACUGCCCUGGAGAUGGGGAUGCCCCUGCUCCUGCAGAAGCAGCAGGAGGUGGCAGCUGUCACUGAGCACCUGAUGACCACAAAAUUAAUUUCAGAACUCCAGAAACUCUUCUCUGCCAAAAACGAGACCUUCGUGCUCAAGCUGUGGCCCCUGUUUGUCAGGUUGCUUGGCAAGACCCUGCACCGCAGUGGCAGCUUCAUCAACUCCCUGCUGCAGCUGGAGGAGCUGGGGUUCCGCAGCGGCUCCCCCGUGGUGAAGAAAAUUGCCUUCAUUGCAUGGAAGAGCCUCAUUGAUAAUUUUGCCCUAAAUCCAGACAUCCUGUGCAGUGCUAAAAGGCUGAAACUGCUGAUGCAGCCCCUGAGCUCCAUCCACGUGAGGACAGAAGCUCUGGCACUCACCAAGCUGGAGGUGUGGUGGUAUUUACUGAUGAGGCUGGGACCUCACCUGCCCUCCAACUUUGAACAGGUUUGUGUCCCGUUAAUCCAGAGCACCCUGAGUGUGGAUCCUGCUGCUGCAUUCCCAGGAACUCCCUCACGCCCCAACACCCCCAGCCUGGGCUCAGCAACCCCUGGGCAGAAAUCAGGUCCUUUCCCAUUUGUGAGCCCAGGCACUCCCAGGAUGGCCCUGGGCAGCCCAGCAGGAGUGCUGCAGUUCCCUUCCAUCCAGCUGCUGGCCAUCGAGAUGCUGCUCCACUUCCUCAUGGGACCACAAGUUGUGGAUUUUGCAAAGCAAAACAAACUCGUGCUUAGUUUAGAGCCUCUCCAGUACCCACUGAUCAGUAGCCCUUCUUUUUUUUGUAAGCAUGCCAGCACUCUGAUCAAUGCUGUUCAGGAUGGCUUUGUUGCAAUUGGAAAAGAAGUCCCUGAUUGUUUGCUGAAUGUUAUCUGGAAGGACAUGAAUGGAUAUGUAAAAACAGCAAUUGAAGCAGGAAAUAAGAAAGAAAAACAAGGCUCAGAAAUCCUGACCAUGUUACUCCAGGCCUUAAAAAACACUGUGAGAUCAAAUUCUCUACCUGUGCAGAAAAUCCUGUCUCUCAUUGAUAUCACUGUCAAGGAGUUGCCUCCAAAAGUUUUGGGAUCCCCAGCUUAUCAGGUUGCUGAUAUGGAUCUUUUAAAUGGAACUCCAGCUUUGUUCCUGAUCCAGCUACUUUUCCAUGACAAUCUCUUGGACUGCUGUGUGACAGAUGAGAGAUUCUUUGAGAUUCUGGAAACCCUGGUGGGUUUUGCCCUGUCUGGCCCCACCUCUGCCCUGGCUUUCAGUGACUCUGUGCUGGGGGUCAUUGCUCAGAGUGCAAAGCAGCUGGGCAGCAAGGAGCACCUCUGCAGGAUGUGGAGCAUUGUGGUCAAUCCUCUGACUGAGUGGAUUAAUCAGAAUAACGAGGUGAACCAGGGGGAUGCCCUGGAGCACAACUUCAGUGCUGUGUACAGUGCUUUGCUGCUGCCAGUAUCCCACAUUUUCCCCACUCAGGGAUUCCCACAGGCAACUUUGAAAUCCUUGCUGCGCUCGUGGUCAGACCUGUACCGAGCUUUCGCUCGCUGUGCUGCUCUGGUUGCAACAGCAGAAGAAAACCUGUGCUGUGAAGAACUUUGUGCCAAAAUACUAUCUGGGCUAGAAGGUGAAACUCCAGUAGUGUUUCCCAUGCUGGAAGGUCUCACCCACCUUGUGUCAGUCAUGGUUGACUGCAUCAACUUUGCCCCCUAUGGGACAAAAUUCCAGCCCAAAAACAGAUCCCCGCAGACCCCCACGGACUGGGCUAAGAAGAAGAAGGAGCCCCUGGGCAAGCUCAGCUCCCUGUUCAAGCUGCUGCUGCUGCUGCUGAGCUCCUUCCACGAGCUGAGCUCUCAGGAGGAGCUGGCAGAGCCCCUGGGAGCCCUGGGGCCCUCCCUGCUGGGUGCCCUGCACGCCCUGCUCAGCCACAUCGCGCUGCCCUCGCUGCUGGGAGCCGCGCUCGGCAUCUUCGGGCAGCCCCUGGCCCUGUUCUACAAGAGAAACAGGCUCCCUGAGGCCCCCAAGGUCUACAGCAACCUGAACAACAAGCUGGAGAAGCUGCUGGCAGAGAUCCUGCAGUGCCUGCAGUGCCACUGCCCGGGCUCCUGUGACUCGGAGCUGCUGCAGCAGCUCAGCCCCCUGCUCUGCGUGGCCUUCCAGCACAGGAACAAGCAGCUGCGGCAGCAGAGUGCCCAGCUCUGGAACUGCACCUUUGCCAAGGCCUCCUCACUCACCUACCCCCAGGAACUCAAGUCUGUGUUAAGCCAAGCCAAAAAGAAAAUCCCUCUGCUGCUGCCUGGUUUUGAAAGCAUUGAGAUGUCUGAGGAGUGCAGUGGCCCCUUCUCUGACAUGAUGGAGAAUUCCCAGCUGGAUGCAACGAUCGGUGGGAUGGAUGUGAAGGUGGGCCAGAAACGAGAUUCAAUAUUGGCACAGACAAGUGAACCAAAAAAUGAUGGCAAAGACAAGUCCAGGAACCUGCAAGCAACCCCUGCCAAGUUAAAACUAGAAUUUUCAUCUCCUAAGACAACAAGUGAGACGCUUCUGGAAGAGGAGAAAUCUGUGGAUUUUGUGUUUAUUCCUCCAGAAACAAAACCAAGAAUAUUGACAGAACAUCAGAAAGAAGUGCUUAGGUCAAAGAGAGCUGAUAUUCCUGCCAUGUACAACACCCUGGAUGCCUCCCAGGACACCAGCUCGUUUUCCCAGUACACCCAGAGCCAGGAGGAUUCUCUGGAGGUGCCACCUUUAGUGGAAAAUGCCAAAGAAGAGCCUGCAGACCAAGCUCAGGAGGAGAAGGCAGAGAGUGAAGGAUGUCACUCAGAGGAGAGCCCGGCCUGCAGCAGCGAGGGGGAGGCCAAAAAUGAGACAGCUGAGAUGAUCCCAGAGGAACCAUCCUUUGGAGAGGCAAUGGAGACCAGUUCUGUGGAAGCAGCUUCCCAGGAGGCCCCAGCAGAGAAGGAGGACACCUCAAAUGUCACCAGCAGCUCAACCUCCAGUGACAUCAUCUCCGGCACGCCCCAGCCCGUGAGCCGGCGCCAGUCCUUCAUCACCCUGGAGAAAUUUGGGUCUGCAGAGAGCAGGCCCUUCAGCCCAGCCCCCCUGAGCUCUGUGCUGGAGCUGCCUGGGACUGCUCCUGAGGCAGCCCCACAGGAGAACAGCAGUGGCAGCAAGGCCAGUGCUAAGGCAGAGAAAUCUGGAGAGGAAAAUAAAGACACUCCCAAGUGCGAGCGCAGGGUGACGCGGCGGCAGAGCAAGAUGGAGCUGCAGGGCAAUAAAUCCAAGCUCCAGGGCAGGUCAGAGGAGUCCCUGGCCUCUGACAGCCUGGAAGGCAGUGCUGAGCUGGGCUCUGCAGGGGAGGAUGCCCUGCUGAGCCAGUCCCAGGCUCUGCCCUCCUCAGAGCCAGACAGCCAGAAAACCGAGGAUGCAGCCCCAGAAGUGGAAAAUAGCCAGGAGCUGGACAUGGACUCAAAAGAAAACACCCCCCCAGACAGCAGCAGCUGCUCUGAGCAGACCCCAGGGGAUGAGAGCCAGGUGCCAGCAGCAUCCCCUCACCAGAAACAGCUCCGGCGCUCCACCAGGAGACGCCCUGAGACUCUGGAGAGCUCAGGGAGCCAGGAGAAGGAGGAUGGGCUCCCAAAGAGAGACAGGAGGAAAGAGGAGGAGAAAGCUGGGCAGAAGAAGCUGUCCCAGGGGAAAGGAGAUGGAUCCCAAAAGCAGAAAGGAACUCCUGGGAAAACAACAGAAAGCACAAAAGAGAGCAGCCAAGCUGAGAGAGUGGCAGAGGAGAGGAGCUCCAGGGACUCUGCUGCUUGCAAGGGCCUGGAGGAGGAGGGGAGCAGAGGUGGCAGGAGGGCAGAAGAUUCCCCCAAGCCUGAGGGGGAGGCUCAGGGCAGCCUCAGCACUGCAGGGCAGAGGGUGGAGCGCCCACGUUACCACACCAGGAGAUCCUCCCAAGGUUUGCUGUCCAGCCUAGAAAACUCUGAGGCUGACAGCUCUGAGGGCAAGGAGGAGAGCACAAAGAAAAAGAAAGCCAUAAAAGUGAAGAGUAAAAGCAAUUCUCUUGAAGGAAAAUUGAAAGAGGGACAGGCAGGGAGCCAGAGCCUUGAGGAAUCUUCCCAGGAAAAUGAAGCCAAGAGUCCAGUGGAGCCAAGUGAAGGUGAUGCUGAGGUCAGCACAGUGCCAGCUGCUGCAGAGCCAGCUGCUGCAGAGCCAGCUGAUCCAGGUGGCCUGGAGAGCCAGGAAAUUCCUGCAGCUGCUGGAGAAGCUGUGGGGUCUGGCAGCUCUGAGAGUUCAGGUGCUCUGCAGGACACCAGCGUGGAGCAGAGCAAGGGUGAUGCAUCCAUGGAGUCUCUGAGCAGCCCCUGUGUAUCUGAGCAGGAUGGGAAAGCAGCAGAGGAGAGCAAACAGGAGGAGAAGCAGAGCAGCCCAGAGGACUGUGCAGAAGCAGCUUCAGAUGCUGAGCCCUCCUCUGUGCAAAGCCAUGUGUGCCAGAGCAAGAGAAGCAAAAGGGUGAAAAAAAUGAAGAGCUGUGAUUGCUGCUUUAAAAAGCCAAAGCAGCAGGUGACUGAAGAAAAGUUGACUGAGCUAAAGAAGGAGGAAGAUCCUGAGCUGGAGGAGGCUGAGAGCAGCCCAGCUCAGACACCUGAGGAUGUUUGUGGUCACUCAGACCUGGAGGAGAGCUUGGCCCUGGCUCCAUGUGGGAUGAGCACUCCAAUGCACACUCCCAAGGAGCUCAGCACCUUCAGCUUGGAAAGCCAGGGAAUGGCUCUGGAAAACCUGGAGGGCAGCAGCGUGGUGGUGGAGGAGGAGAAACCAGAGAAUCCAGAGGGUUCAGCUGCUGAAAGCACCGAGUCCAUGGAGGAAAUCAAGGAACCUGCUGAGCAGAAGGAGCAAACAGAGCAGGUUCUGCCUGAGAGUGUUGCUGAAGAGCCCAGGGAGAGCUGCCUGGAUGCAGGGGACCAAGGGGAAGAACCAGCAGCUGCAGAAAAGGAAGAAAUAAAUGAAAAUGGACAACUGGAAGAGGUGCCUGAGGAGCUGAGUGUUGACAGCAAACCUGAGGAGAAGGAGAUGAAGGAGAUAGAAGGAGAUCAGGAGGUUAAAGAAGCUGAGACCUCUGCUGUAGAAACUUGUGUUCCAGAUGAAGACAUGAAGGAUGAAUCAGUGAAAACUGAAAUAAAAGUGCCUGAGAACCUGGCCUUGGCAAACACCAGCGUGGAUUCCCCUCUGAAGGUGGAAGGGGGGCCCCAAGUGCAGGUGGCUGAAAGCCCCACCAGCCUCCAGGCCCGCUGCACCUGGUCCCCCUCAGCCUCCCCCUCCACCAGCAUCCUGAAGAGAGGGGUCAAAAGGAGCCAGGAGGAUGAUUCCCUGUCCCCUGCCAACAAGAUCCGUCGAGUCUCUUUUGCAAAUCCCAUUUUCCAGGAGGGCCUGGCAGACGACAUCGACAGGAGGAGUCCUGUCAUCAGAUCCCAUUCCUCACCCUCCUCCAGAAGUCUUAAAAUCCUCUCUAACAUGCAGCACAUUACCACUCCAACCAAAGGAUUUCUGUCCCCAGGAUCUCGUACCCUUAAAUUUAAGAGCUCAAAGAAGUGUUUAAUCACAGAAAUGGCCAAGGAAUCUCUGCCGUGCCUUACGGAAUUUGUGUAUCCUGCCUUGGCUGGCUGCAAAGCUCCUGUGGAUGUCAUCUUACCUCAGAUCACAUCCAACAUCUGUGCCAGGGGUCUGGGGCAGCUCAUCCGAGCCAAGAACAUCAAGACUGUGGGAGACCUGAGCACUCUGACAGCUCUGGAAAUCAAAACUCUGCCCAUCCGCUCCCCCAAAGUCUCCAAUGUCAAAAGAGCCCUGAAGGGAUACCAUGAGCAACAGGUGAAGUCUCGGGCGCUGGAGGAGAGCGCGGUGUUUGAAGAUGCUGAAAAACCUGGGAACAACGUGGAGGAGAAACCCCUGGGUGGAGAUGAGGAAAAACUUGCAGCAGAUUUGGCGGAAGCCCCCCCGAGCAGCGAGCAGCCCCCGGUGGAUCUGCUGGGGCAGAUCCAGGCUCUGGCUGCCCAGCUGAGCUCAGAGGAUCUGCAUGGCUACUCUGGCAGGCAGCUCUUUGAGAUGCAGGAGAAGCUGGCAGGGAUGGCCUCGUGCAUCCUGAGGAACCUGCAGGCUCGCUGGCACUCCCCUCCCCACGAGGGCCCCGAGUAGCUGCAGCUCCCCAGGAGUUUGGGUACAACACUUUUCUCCCCAUUUGUUUUCCUUACUGCUCAGUUACUCCUUAAAUCUGCAUUUUGUGCUAUAGGAUAUUUUUCAACACCUGGAUAAAUUUGCUCUUUUUGUUUUGGUUUUUUUUGGUUGUUGUUGUUUGGUUUUUUGUUGUUGUUGUUUGAAUUUUUUUUUUUCUUUUUCAUUUUUUUUUGUUAUUUUUUCCCCCUCCUAAUUUGUGGGACCGUUUCCUCCCUGGCACAGGUGUUUCUAUGGGAUUGCUAUGCAUCUUCCUUUCAGGCAGUGCAACAAAACCUGACAAAGCUGUGCAAUAGCAAAGACUGUGAAAAACCAAACCAAGAGAGUAAUUAAAUUAUUUUUUUCAAAUCCAAAGUGUUCUUAGUGCUGCAGACUCUUGCUGUGGGGUGAGAGCUGCCAGCUCUGCCCCCUUCCCAGCCCAGCUUUGGAGCUGCUGAACUCUGCAGCAGGAGGUGAGCUGAGCUUCAUUCCUUCCAGCAGGAGCCUGGGAUUUGUACUGGAUCUAUUUUUCCAUGUAUUUUUGUACAAUUCAGGAUGAGGAGUGCUGAGGAAAAUGUGCUUGGAUGGGAGAAAGACUCUGCAAUGCCUCCCAGGCUUUGCCCCAUGGCCUUUGCUGGCAGCAGUUCUCCUUGUGGGAAGAAUUUUUGUCUUUUUUUCCAUGGGGAAAUAUGGAUGAGUUGGACAAGAGCUCUUUGUAUAUUGUGUACAGACUCACAGCAGAUGUUGGGUAAUAAUUUAUGGAGUUUUAAUUGCAUGGACUGCAUUGCUGCUGCUUGGAGACCUUCAGCCAGAAUUCCCAGGUUUUCCCUCUGGAGUUCUGAUCUGUAUAUAUUGGACUGUAGCUGUGCAGAUGGAUGUUUAUUGAAAGGAACUGCUGCAGGUGGUUUUAGACCUUUUACAUGGGCAAAUAAAAGAGCAAAUAGUUCCCAGA